UCCCCUCCAGUCUGCCUGAAAACGGAUGCCAUGGAUAUUGUUUUUGUGAUUGACGGAUCAAGCGACACACAACCAGAUGCGUUUGAGCGUAUGAAAAGUCUCAUGAUGACAAUGGUGAACAUUUCAAUUGUCGCCUCCGGCCAUGUGCAGUUUGCUGCCAUACUGUUCAAUGAGAAAGCUGAUGUCCAAUUCCAACUAAACCAAUUCUGGACCAAAAUGGAGAUCCACAAAGCCAUAUUCCAAAUGCAGCCAUUAGGAGGAACCGCAGACAUUACACAUGCUCUUAAUCAGGCAAAACAGGUCUUAGCCACAGACAAAGGGGGCCGGAAAGCACAAGGUACCUCACAGUUCGUUAUAGUGAUGACUAAUGUAGAAGCGAGAGAUUUAAUCCAACAACAAUUGAUGGAUGACUUUAGAAAGAGUGAAAUUACUGUUAUCACCGUGAGAACGCCCAGAAGCAACGAAGCAUUCCUGAGAAUAGAAGGUGCCAAUGAACCCGACUUGAGCUUUCAACGUUCUGAUGCCAUGAGGCAAAUAAUGAACAGCAUUCUGCAGCAGAUUUGUGAAAAAACAAAGCCAGAUUGUGAACUUCAGGAAGCAGAUAUUGUUUUUCUCGUAGAUGGAUCAACGAGUAUUUAUCAUGAAGACUUUAGACUGAUGAAAUUCUUUCUGAAAAACUUGACUAAUGUUUUUCCUGUCGACCCGAAUAAAUUCCAGUUUGGUCUGGCGCAGUUCAGUACAGGUUACCAAAAGGUCGUUGAAUUAAAUGAUUUUGCAACGAAAAUUCCUUUGCUGAGGAAAAUUGAAGCAAUGGCCCAACUGACGGGAGACACCUAUAUUGGAUUGGCUUUAAAAGAGACGGCUGACUUGUUCACAAAGAAAGCAGGUAGUCGUAAAUCAUCUGGAGUUCCCCAAUACCUGUUAGUGAUCACGGAUGGGGAGUCAACAGAUCGUGUGGUUGACUCAGCUGAACAGAUUAGACAAGAUAAUAUAAACAUAUUUGCUGUUGGCGUAAAGAACGCAAGUAGGCCGCAACUUUUACAAAUCUCAGGGUUGAGCGAAAACAUAUUUUAUGUUGAAAAUUUUGAAGCUCUGGACACGACUAAAAGAAGGGUCAUCCGCAGCGUCUGUACAUCAAAAGCAGAUUGCAUCAUUGAUAUUGCCAUUGGAAUAGAUGUCAGUAGUCUGAAACAACUGCAGACGACACCUAGCAGUCAGCUGAAAAUGCAGAUGCAUCUGAAUAGCAUCAUUGACAGAAUGUUGGAUCUUCACAACAUCAGCUGCAAGGGAGGUCACAGUCUCAACAUGAGGGUUGACUUUCACAAGUCCAACAUGGAAAUAACCGACUUUACAAGCAUUGAUUCCAGAAGAGAAUUAUCAUUGCAGGGAGCUCAUUUGAAUGCUGAUUAUCUGCUGUCAUUUUUAAACAAAUUUAAGACUUACUCGAAAAAGCAUUGGAAGAUAAUAGUAAUAUUUACAGAUGGAAUAGAUGACCAUAUGGAAAGCCUAAAGGAAGCAUCACAUACACUCCGACAUGAUGGUGUGAAUGCAUUGAUUGUGGUUCCCCUGGAAACAAAAAGUACUGACAACUUUUCUGAACUAGAGUUUGGACGAGGGUUUGGUUACAGAAACAAACUGAGGAUCGAUAUGCCCGAUAUUGGAAAUGCUUUGAUGUCAGAAAUUGAAACAGUUGCAGAAAGACAAUGCUGUCAAGUGUGUUGCAUGUGCCCAGGGCAGCUUGGAGCAAGAGGACUUCAAGGAGAAAGAGGACCUUAUGGGAACGCAGGUCAGAAGGGAAGUAGAGGAUAUGCAGGAGAAGACGGAACUAUGGGCAGCAGGGGACCUGUAGGUGUUACUGGAGCACAAGGAGCAGAUGGAUGCCAAGGUCCCAGAGGCUUCAAGGGAUCAAGAGGGUAUCGAGGAGCGAAGGUGAAUAUAUUUUCAAGCUUAACUAAUUCUCCAUCAAAUGUUUUUUGCUUUUACUAUGGAGAAUGCCUUGUAACUGCUGAUCAUUUGGUCAACCGUUCACCAGUGGUCUAAUGUUCUUUUGACAGGGUGACAGUGGCCUCAAUGGUGUGGAUGGAAUAAAUGGAGAAGAGGUAAGUCAGGAGUCCUGCUCAGUUUGUAACUUGUGCUCCCAACAUCUCUUCACUGCUGAGUUAGAUGCAUCACAUGUGCUUGUAGAGUUGGUGUUUCCCUGAGAAUAUAAAGACUAAAUUGAAACGGGACUGCCUAUCCUGUCUACAUAUUUUUAGACCUUGCAGAUAUCGGAACAUUUUAACAUAAUGAUAUCAAAUAGCACAUUUUGCAUUUUAGGCUUCACGUAUGUGAUUUAUUAUUUUAAUUUGACUCGGUGCAAAGACCAUUUUGGGCAAUUUUUCUGCUUGUCCCACACUGAAGGGGUCUAGGCAAAAAACAUGAUUUCAAUUAUCCUCUGGGCUCUUACUUCAAAUGAGCGUCCCAAGACUAAACUUAAGUAAUAAUAAUAAUAAUAAUAAUAAUCUUUAUUUAUAUAGCACUUUUCAACAAAACCAGUAUUUGAACCAAAGUGCUUUACAGAGUUUGAUUAAAUUAAUAGAACAGACCAAAUGUCAAUAUAUCCAUACAAAACAAAAAAGAGAA